CUUUCUCCCAACAACAUCGAGGACUUCUCAAUAUUCUUUUCACCCUCCGUUAGGUUAUGAAAUAGCUCGACUGAAAGGUGCGAAGGUACUCUACGUUUCAGAUAUAGGAGAGGCGGAAAGAAUUUGCCUUGAACUCGAGUGAGGUUAGGAAGGCGGAGUAGGAGAUUGAUUCUUUGCUCCUUCAAAGGAGCGCAAGUACAGAAAUGGAAUAUGAACCAAAAAGCUUAUUGAUUGAUUCAGGGCUUAGCCCUCCUUCUUAGAACCCAUUGAGUGAGGGGAGGCCCGGGAAGGGGAGAGUGGCCGAGCGGUCAAAAGCGACAGACUGUAAAUCUGUUGAAGUUUUUCUACGUAGGUUCGAAUCCUGCCUCUCCCACUGAACUUCUUUCUUGUAGACUGAAGAGAAGAGAAAGGAGGCAUUCGUGCAUAGGAAGAAGGCCCACCGAGCUUUGCCGUGCCCUUUCAAUUCUAUCGUAUUUCAGUUUAGAGAGGUUGCCGAAUUACUACGAUCUAUAGAUUCCCAUCGAUAGACAAUCCCAACCAGAAUAGAAGCGAGUCGCUUCCGCUUUGGCUUGUAGUCCUUGUCUUUUAGGUAGUGGUCGGCCUUCCGACACGCGCGCGCCCGCCAGAAUGCCCCCUUGCUUCUGCACGAAGCCCAAGCCAAUACAUACGAUAGGCGAAGGAAAGACCCCCCAUUGAAUAGCGCCUGGGGAAGGCAAGUUUGAUCGAGGAUUGGAGAGGUUAGAAUAUGCUCGACCGGAAAGGUUAUUCAAUCAACAAACCCGGAGGCAAAUCAAAGGAAUGCUCCAAAGUCAAAUAAGAGAGCCUACUAUUUGAUUUGGAAGAAGAAGAAAAGAGAGAGAAGAAAGAACCUCAAAUAAGUACGAAGAGAAAGAACCUCAAAAAUACCGUAAGGAGUUGACCUAUCCUCCGAAAGAAACUGAAGGAUUACUAUACAGCCCAAUAAAGAAAGCACGUAGCCUCCGAAGGCGCGAAGCGGAGCGACUCAAAUCAAAGACGUGGGGACUUGUCUUCUUCUUAUAAGCCGUCACACAAAGAAAGAAAUGCAAUAAAAGAAAGAAGACGAGACCUGUCUCAUUAAUAAGGGCAGAUGAAUAUGGAUAUAAACAAGUCCUUCGGACCACAGGUUAAUAUGGAUUUCUGACGACUGAGGACGGACCUCUUUGAUCCCGCAAAGUCUUUGACUUGAUUCUCAAUGAGACGGCUCAAAUCUAUGGUUUUGGUCUAUCCGUAGGAGGAAAAAAGAAUGAUCGAGGUCCGGAGGACGCUCAAAGAAUGAUCGAAGGGACUGAAAGUUCGCCUUUUCAUGUCGGUCCGAAGGACUCAUUCAUUCCACGAGUUCCAGAGGACCGUAGGAGGCUCAAAGAAUUUGAGAGCUCCGUUAGGAGUCUGAAAGCGAAGGACUCAGAAAUCCAUAUUCAUAUUCCACUUCGGACCGUCCGAAGGACUGAUUUGGAUCCAUUAGAAUGCAGCGGAGGUUAUUCAAUAACUCGACUGAAUCAAUGAACAAGGAAUUUCAUAAAGUCAAGUCAGAAUCCUUAUAAGGAAUCUGGACCCCUUAUAAUUUCAGCGACUGAUCGAUGUUAUUGGCAAUGAACAAGGCUCAAAGAAUGUGAAAAAGAAGAAGAAUAAAGAAGACAAGAGAGCUCCUAAUCUAUUCUUUAUGGUCCGACUAUCCACUGAAGAAAGAAGAAGAAGAAGACCAAUAAAGAAGAAAGCUCAAAGCAAUGAACCGCUCCGUGGGAUUGAUUCUUUGAGCCUCCGGACUUGUUCAUUCCACAGGCUUUUAGUGCUCCGGAGGACAGACAGAUGAAUAUGACUUUCUUUUUGAUUGAGCCCUUGUUCAUUCAGGCUCCUUCUAAGUGGCAGAAUAAGGAAUGAGCUUGAAAAUUCUUUGAACCUCUCCUUCCUAACCCCUGAUUCAACCCUGAUUAUCAUCAUUGACUCCUUCUUAGUCGACUUUCUUCGAACCGCCCCUUAUCAUUUGGAGUCGUCCGGAGGACUCUGAAAUCCAUAUAAAGAAUAACCUCCGGCUCCUAUUAGUUCCAUCUUUGACUUAGCCCUUAUCAAUGAGAGGCCGAUCAUUCUUUGAGCCUCCGCUCCGCUUCUUUGCUCCUCCUAGGGCUCCGCUCGUUCUCCGUAGUUUCAUUUAUUCUAGUCCAAGAACAAUGAAAUUCCAUCAACUCCAAGCCUAUCCAACAAGAUUUCAGUGGACAUAAUAUCUAAGAUUACUAAUGGAAGGUUUUCUAUUAUAAGAAGACAAAUCAGACAAGGAAGAGAAGACAGAGAGACUUCUACGGGCCAUAAGUUUGAGUGGAAUCUCUUUGAGUGGAUGAAUAUGAAAAUCAGUGGAAUGAACAAGUCCUUCGCAUCUAGACCUCUUAUAAUUCUACGGGGUCCGACCUAAUAAUCAGAUUCAAGUAGCGGAGUAGUUUGAAAGAAAGGAUAUCAGUUUCAGUGGAAUCUUUGGAGAUAGGCUUGAAUCUUUUUAGUAGGUUCUUUGAUGAAAAAAGUCGAAAAAGUCAAAAGUCUAUCCGCUACUUUCAUCUUCUAUAUUAUGAGGCUGACUAGUAAUGCUGAAGUUCCUCCUACGGGAAUCAAAAGUGAAAGGAAGGAAUAAGGACUCAAUGACUAAUUAAGCUAACCUGGACCUUGAUUUUUUCAUUGAAUUUUGAUGCCUUCUACGGCGUUCAAGUCAAAGAGUAUUCAAGAUCAGAGUUUCAGAGCUUUAUCAAAACUGAUCUUUAUCUUGUCUUUUUCUACUUUCAUCCGUCCCCCCUCUCCUUUCAGUCGAGUUAUUUCAUAACCUCCGAAGGAGUUCUAUAACUAUAACAAGGAGAAUUUCUGAGUUGCACUCCUUCAAGCCUUUGAAUAGGGAUCAGUCUUUCUCUCCUUUCAGUCGAGCCCUUGUUCAUUGAUUCAGAUGAAUAUGGAUUUCUGACUCGUCCUACGUAGCUUAAUUAGGCCUGUGGAUAAACAAGGGUUCGGACGACCCGUCUCAUUGAUAAGGACAUAUGAACCUUCGGACUGGUCCGGAGGACCUCUUUGAUCCACUAAGUCAAAGAUGGAACUAGAAGGCAAAUAAAGGCUCGGGAUGGAUUUAGGAGUCUUUGUGCGAGCCGUAUGCGGUGAGAGUCGCACGUACGGUAACGAGGGGGGUUCGCGUCUAUACGUGUAGUGUGGUGGUUGGGCCUACCCACCCUAUUUGUUCCAUGAUCUAUGGGUCUACUGGAGCUACCCACUUCGAUCAAUUAGCCAAGAUUUUGACCGGAUACGAAAUCACUGGUGCUCGAUCUAGUGGUCUUUUUAUGGGGAUUCUAUCUAUCGCUGUAGGAUUCCUAUUCAAGAUCACUGCAGUUCCUUUUCGGGCGGCUGUAGGACGGACGGCCGCCUAUAGGUGGUAGGGUAGGGUGGGUGGUACCGCUCUGUGGCCAAUCUUCCUAACCGCGCGCGGGCCGGGCUUAGAGCGCGUGAAACUCAUCACUACCUCGUAAGGGCGUUGAGACCAUAGCAUGUUACACGAAAGCGCCGCUUUCUCUGUAGUGUUGUCACACAGCAGCCCGCCUAGAAGAGCCACUCGCUCUGUAGUGUUGUCACAUAAGAUAAGCACGCCGCCCGCCUGCUGGCCGGGCGAAUCGAAGUUCUCUUCCGGUCAACUGUCCACCCAGUCAAGUGCAAAAAACACAGUAGAAUCACGCAAGGCACGCAGCUGGUGUGCUUCCUGCCCGCGAGGAAAGAAAGAAGAGCGACAGGGUUGAGUUCAGAUUUGACUGUUUGCAGCAUGGGAGCGGAUUACCCAAAAAAUCCCUGGGAACAAUGAAAAAAAAGAUAUCUCGGUAACGAAAACUAUGGGGGGCUGUAUUGGCGAGAUCCAACGGUGAACAGCUGCCCAAAAGAAAAACCGCCUGGAAGUCCGAGGACCUUUAGUACCGUACCCUACCCCCAAACCAGCAGCCUUCGCGCCAAGCAAGACCGCCCUUGUCCCUUUCCUUUCUCCAUUCCGCCUCCUUCUUUCUUAGCUUUGUUCCAAUCGAGUCUAAGGCAAAGAGUGGAAAGUAUACCUAUUUUUUUUUUGACCUACUUGACGAUAGAAUAUGCGAGAGCAAGAACAAGACGCCCUAAUUAAGCUACGAAGGCCCGAAGAAAGUUCAACAAUUAAGGAAGAAGACUAGUCGGAAAGAUCAAGCCUAGGUCAAACUCUGAAUCACGAUACUACGCGGUGCGACGAGAAAGAGGAAGAAAGUCAAUGAACAAGGUGUUGAUGAUCUGAUUAUUAGUUCUGAUAAGAAAAGAAGAAGAUUUGAAAGAAAGGAAGAGAGAGUCCGGAGGACGGCGUAGAAGGAGUCUAGUUUGAAAGAAAGGAUAUCCGUUUCAGUGGAAUUCAGAGGUCGGCUAAUAUAUUUGAGAAAGUAGAAAAAGAAGACGAAGUCGAUUUGCGCUCCAUCUUUGACUUAGUGGAUAAAAGAGGCUCAAAGGAUUUGAGUCGCUUCUCUUUAUUCAAUGAUCGUCAAUAUUCUUUGACUUAGUGGAAUUUCAUGAGUCCUCCGCUUUCAGAGUCCUAACCAAAAACUAAAAGAUCCAGAUUCGCAAAUUCUUUGCGCCUUAUCUAAUGAGCUAAAAAAGAAGAGGAGGACUUUCCAUAUUAGCUUUUCUGUCCUUAUCAAUGAGACCACUAAAAGCCAGAAAGCCUAUCCUCAGAUUCUUCUAGUGGAAUGAAUGAGUCCGACUGCCUUGACUUUAUUCAAUGACUUUAUUCAUUGAUUCAGCUUGAAUCUUGGACUCCUUUCAGUCGAGCCUCCUCUUCUCUUUAUUUAUUGAAAGGGCUCUUUAUUCAUUCAGGCUCCUUCUAAGUGGCAGAAUAAGGAAUGAGCUUCGCCCCUCUCCUUCCUAACCUCAGUCGAGUUCAAUGAGCCUUUGUUCAUUGACUCCUUCUUAGUCGACUUUCUUCGAACCGCCCCUUAGAAUUUGGAGUCGAGUUAUUGAAUAACGUCCGGACUAGCUUAUCCUUCAAGAGUCGAUCUUCUUCGAACGUCGAGCUAUGUAAUAACCGUAGGUUACUAGUAGGUUUGGAAGGAAUUGCAUUUUGAUCUAUAUUAACCAGGAACAUGAUCAAUUCCAUAAAUCAGUCCAAGGAAUUCAAGCCUAGGAGAUUCAAGUCAAGGGAAUUUCAUUUUGAUGCCUCCGUCUAUUAAUCGUCGGGCUCCUCUCCUAUAUUUCAAACUACGAGUACCUUCGCUCCUUCACAGUCGCUUCGCUUCGCGCCUUACUCCGCCUCUCCUUUGAGUUCCAUUCUGAGUUGCACUCCUUCAAGCCUUUGAAUAGGGAUCAGUCUUUCUCUCCUUUCAGUCGAGACCUUGUUCAUUGAUGAAGAUGAAUAUGGAUUUCUGACUCGUCCUACGUAGCUUAAUUAGGCUAAAAGGCGAACUUUCAGUCGCUUUUCACAUUCUUUGAGCGUCCUCCGGACAGAAGUUUGAGUGGUCCUACGUCCCUCUUCCUAUGGUCGAGCUACUUCUGUCCCUCCUUCGGACUUUUUUGAGUGGAAUUCCGUUUUUUAGCCUUUAUUCAUUGAUUCAGUCGAGACGUCCGAAGUAGCUUAAUUAGGCAAGGAGUCUGAAGUCCUCCGGACUAGUCUUUUAGUGACUUUCUUUAUUGAAAGGGAUUUGACCUCUUUAUUCAAUGAUCUUUGAGCCUAUUAAAAGGCGAACUUUCAGUCGCUUCGAUCAUUCUUCGAAUAUGAAUCGUCGGGCUCCUUCUAAUUGGAUAAGGAAGUCUUUAAUUAAGACUGAGAUCAGUCUUUGACUUGAUUCUGGAGUCGUCCGGAGGCGCGAAGCGAAACGACUGUUAAGGAGUGCAUUAUGAAAUAGCUCUCCAAAUAAGUAAGGAGAGGGGAGAAGCGAAACGACUGUAUUAUUUAAGGAGUGGUAUUAUUCAAUAGCUCUCCAAAUAGUAAGGAGAGGGGAGAAGCGAAACGACUGUAUUAUUUAAGGAGCCCUUUAUUUGAAGAAAUAGCUCUCCAAAUAAGGAAGGUUCGAAGAAACUCGACUGAUAAGGAGAGGAGAGGGUCAAAGAUGAAUAAAGAAAGCGAAACGACUGUAUUAUAAUAUUAAUAGGAGUGCAACGAAAGAAAUCCAUAUAAACAUAAUGCGCUCCUCUCCUAUAUCUGAAACUACGAGUACCUUCGCUCCUUCAAAUAGUUCAGGGAUCAGGACUUCGCUUUCAACUCCUAACGGAGCCUCUCCUUUUAAGAACAUAAGCUACGCCCUUCUUCAUUCAGGCUCCUUCUAAUAAGGAAGGAAUUCGCUUUCAAGUCCUAACCUUUGUAUCCUUUCAGAUGAAUAUGGAUUCAAUUAAGGGUCCGUCCUCUUGACUCAGAAAUCCAUAUUCAAAUUCAUGCCAGUCGCUUCGCUUCGCGCCUUAUUCAGUUUAUGACUUUCAUAGAAAACCUUCUACGUCCUAAUCUCUUAUUUAUGGGACUCCUUCUACGUUGUGCUUCUCUUCUUCUUUCUUUCUUCUCAAAUUCGUCGCAAAUUCUUUGCUCCUUCGAUCAUUCUUUGAGCCUGUGGAUCAAAUCAGUGACUUUCUUUAUUGAAAGGGAUUUGACCCUCUUCUUCAUUCUACUCAAAUUCGUCUAUCAAACAAGUCCAGAGGAGCGAAAGCGGCUCGACUCCCACGGGGAAUAAGGGUCCGGACUAGCUUAAUUAGGCAAGAGGAGGACUAGUCUCAUUAGAUAAGGAGUUCAUUGAGGACCGUUGUUUUUCCAUAUUCAUAUUCCACUUCGGACCAAGUCUUCUUUAUUUAUGUUUGAGUAGGUUUGGAAGUUCAGAGUCCUAACCUUUGUAUCCUGUCUCGCUAUUUUAGUGGAUAAAAGAGGCUCAAAGUAUUUGAGUCGUCUUGACCCUUAUUUAUCCUUGCCGGGUAGAAGUAGUUUAAUUAGAGUUGUUCUCCCUUGUUCAUUGACUCCUCUUCUCUCCUCUGAAAUCAGAUUCUUAUGAAAAGGGCUCCUUCACAGUCGCUUCGCUUCGCGCCUUGACUUUCUUUUUGAUUGAGGGCUCCGUUAGGAGCAAAGAAUUUUCCAUUGAUAAGGACAUAUCCUCUGAUUUCUUUACGAGGUCUGAAUAUCGACUUAGUUGUUUUUGUGUUCAUAUCUUAUCGGGUUAACGCACUUUAUCCUAUUCAGUGUGACGGCUUUAUGGGUCAGCUAAACUCAUUCCUUUUUAUUAUGUUGUGAGGCUUUGGUUACCGGCUCAGGCUUCCAAAGGCGACCCUCUCUCGUUUCCGGCGGUUUCCGUCAUUGAAGUAGCCUUUCUUUCGUCAUCCUACCAAAGUACGUUCGAAGAAGCGAGCCCUUAUUAGUUUAGUAAAGUCAAGCUCCAAAAAAGGAGAGAUUAACCUGCGGUGCGCUACGCCCGGCAACUCAUCAAGCAAUUUCUUUGCGCUUGAAUUUCAGUGAUGAGGUCGCAAAGAGAGGGAAGUAGGGCUCCUAUUGACUAAAGGUGGAUUCUUCGCUUUCCUUUAUCAAGUCGCUAUUCAGCCCCUACUACUGACUUUUGACUUUGUCUUUGAUUUUUGAUUCAUCUAAUUCAAACCCAACUAGUCGUAUGAGGUGAUCUUCUGUCUGCUUUGGAUAUGAGGAAUGAAAAGGCAAAGUCCGGUUCAUUGUAGUUUGUAUUCGGUCUGAGAUAUAGGAUCCAGGAAAGCGCCCUCUUUUUGUCAUCCCUGCAGCUUUCCAGAUUGAGUAUUGAAGGCAUGGCCUAGGACCUUCAAGUUUUCGCCUAUUGGGAAUACACCCCUCUUUUUUUUUCUAAGGCUAGAAAGAGAAUGCCCGCCAAGUUCAGAUAAGGAAAUGCUUCCCCCAACCAUUAAAGGAAAGGCUCGACGAGGAAGGAAAAGGCUUUCGGAGAUCGAGAUUGGAUUUCUUUUGAAUCAAAAAAAAAGAAGAAGGCCGAGGAUGGCCUAGGGUGCGUCUUAUCUGAAGGGAACACGCUUUUUCGACCGCGGUGGUAUGAUUGCCGGGCCCUCUCCUCGUUCCGCCCGCGCUCUGGCCUAUUAGGUAGGAUAGCAGUCUUCGGGCUUUGCCUGCCCUUGAUCAUAAAGAAUUCCGGCUUGGCCCGGGAAAGCGCUGGCAACAAGAGAAAGGAAGGGGUCCAUGUAGCUGCUGCGCCCGCCCCCUUCUUAGUCAAUGGGGCAGCAGGUUCGGCAUCCACUAGAAAAGAGAGAAUCCACUGAAGAUAACCACGCCUCUGCUAGGCAGCGUGUGGAAUGGCCGAGAGCGGACCUUUUUGGAUAGAUAAUCCAAGUCGAGAGUGGAGUUACGGAAAGAGCCGUCUGAUGGAAAACGACUUUCACCUUCGGUUCAGAGAGCACUUUUUUCGUUGAUCAUUCCUCCUUCCCUUUCGUGUUCAUUCCCCAGCGGCGAAUUCGAAACUUGUGGGGCCCUAUCUAUUCCAUCUCUCAAGCCCCGAAGAAACCCCCCCUCCCAUCUGGACCUUUGUUUUUGACUCUAUAUAUGUGGGCACCUGAUAUCUAUGAGGGUUCACCCACCCCGGUUACAGCAUUCCUUUCUAUUGCGCCUAAAAUCUCUAUUUUUGCUAAUAUUUCACGUCUUUCUAUUUAUGGUUCCUAUGGAGCUACAUUGCAAGAAAUCUUCUUUUUCUGCAGCAUUGCUUCUAUGAUCUUAGGAGCACUGGCCGCCAUGGCCCAAACGAAAGUCAAAAGACCUCUAGCUCAUAGUUCAAUUGGACAUGUAGGUUAUAUUCGUACAGGUUUCUCAUGUGGAACCAUAGAAGGAAUUCAAUCACUACUAAUUGGUAUCUUGAUUUAUGUAUUAAUGACGAUAGAUGCAUUCGCCAUAGUUUUAGCAUUACGGCAAACCCGUGUCAAAUAUAUAGCGGAUUUGGGCGCUCUAGCCAAAACGAAUCCUAUUUCGGCUAUUACCUUCUCCAUUACUAUGUUCUCAUACGCAGGAAUACCCCCGUUAGCCGGUUUUUGUAGCAAAUUCUAUUUGUUUUUCGCCGCUUUGGGUUGUGGGGCUUACUUCCUAGCCCCAGUGGGAGUAGUGACUAGCGUUAUAGGUCGUUGGGCGGCCGGAAGGUUGCCACGAGUCAGUCUGUUUGGGAGACCGAAGGCAGUUCUCCGUGCACCGGACACGUAGCUUACCUUUUCAGUUGCGAGACGGAUGGGAAUGCAUGCUCCGAAAGAUAGGGUCGAGUCUGAUACAUCAACCGUCUACUCAAUAUCCUUGUACGAGUCCACAAUCACUACACGAGAUGAACCUUGGUUUGGUGAAUUGAAGUUGGCCCCACGGAGCGGUGUAAUAGGACUCCCAGUUACUGCGCGCGAUCGUAUACUGAGGUGCUCCCCGCCGGUUGUUGGAACGACGCGAGCCGGGCCUCGAUUCAGAAAGAUUCAGGGCCAAAAAGUCUCAAUAGGGGGUUACUAAUUCCCCAUCUCAUUGGGGGCGGAAAACGAAUCGACAUCUCGAUGUGAGACAGCCUUUGAAAUUGGAGUUGGGAAAGAACGGCGAAGUCCAUCCGAACCGUCCAAUGAAGAAUAAGAGGAGAACAAAGGGCCAAUGGCGCGCGAAGCGCAUGGCGGGAACGGACACGGAUCCAAAUCAGUGUGGAGAAGAACUCAUCUGGAGCUUGAUUUUCUCCCCCUGGGCCCAAAGCAGUGCAGUCUUUCCUGGCCAAAUCAAGGAUUUUUGGGGCUUCACGCAACUUCAUCAAUCCAUUUUUUGAGUCAGAUAUAUGAAUAUCAAGAUGGAUGAAUCUAGAUCUUUCUCUUUUGAUAUCUAAAAAAGAUUGAAUUCAACCUUUGAUUCAAAGAACUGCGCUUAGCCCCCCCGCUCAUGAAAGGGCUCCGCUGCAAUGGAUGACAGAGGGUCCGUAGUACCCAAAGCACUGGAGUGAUCCUGUAGCCGGGAAGGGGCCUAGAAGUGCCUACUACUACACCACACUAGACUUGGCUCUACACAUUUAGAAAGCUAAACCCUGCCCAGUCCCUGGCAGAGCUAAGGGGGCUUCAAUCCUUAUUCCUUAUCCCCAUCUUCGCCCAUGCUAACGGGGCCUUACGGGGAGAGUGGAGCCUCAAGAAGCACUGUUGAGAGGUCUCGACUGAAAGGAGAGAGAAGCUUGCUUUUUUUUUUAGUACUCUUCAUUCUCUACAGGGUUCCAAACCUUUCUUCAACAUAGGUGAGAACGAGCGAGGCAGAGAUGGAAGAGAUCGAAGACGGGAAUAAGAAGCAAGCUCGCCUUUUUUUGUCUUUUUCGUUAGGGCAGUCGAAAAGUGCCUUUUUCGUCUCGCAUUUCUCAUCAAACAAAGACGGAAAAAUCAUCAUAUUUCAAAGGUUCCUAACCCACCAAGCCCUUCCUUCGUAGAGCCGUGUAUUGUCAGUGAUCCGAACCUGCCCGGAGCGAGCCUCCCAUAGAGGCAAGUUCAGUUGGUGAGCCGUAUGAUGGGCAACUAUCUCCUGCGGUUCGGAGAGGACUCAGCUCUGAGUUAGUACCCCCUUGGUUUCGGGGUGGACCCUUUCACUCUAUUUUAUUAUAUACGCUUAGCGAAAAGAAUGUUUUUUGAUACACCUAGGACAUGGAUUCUAUAUGAACCAAUGGAUCGUGACAAGUCGUUACUACUAGCAAUGACUUCCUCUUUCAUUACUUCAUCCUUUCCAUAUCCCUCUCCCUUGUUCUCAGUUACUCAUCAAAUGGCACUCAGUUCAUAUCUUUAAGUUCGAUCAUUGACAAGGUUCAAAGAAAGGGUGGG